GUUUUUGUGGUUUAUAUACCUCACCUCACAAAUACAUUACGUAAAGGUCCAGGCGCGUCUAUCCACUGCUUCAUAGCGGCGUACCGCCAUCAGUUAUCGCACUAAAAAUCAUGUCUGGAAGAGGAAAAACCGGAGGCAAAGCCCGAGCAAAGGCAAAAUCCCGUUCCUCCAGGGCCGGACUCCAGUUCCCGGUGGGUCGAGUCCACAGGCUACUGCGCAAAGGCAACUAUGCGGAGCGCGUCGGCGCCGGGGCUCCGGUGUAUUUAGCGGCCGUGCUGGAAUAUCUGACCGCUGAGAUCCUGGAGCUGGCAGGCAACGCGGCCAGGGACAAUAAGAAGACCAGGAUCAUCCCUCGGCACCUCCAGCUGGCUGUGCGCAACGACGAAGAACUAAACAAACUGCUGGGAGGUGUGACCAUCGCUCAGGGAGGAGUGCUGCCCAACAUCCAGGCUGUCCUCCUGCCCAAGAAGACGGAGAAACCGGCCAAGAGCAAGUAAAAGAGAGAGACUCCCCGCAGGCCCGAAUUCAGCCGGGACACAAUGCUCUCCUCGGAGCCAGCCACUUUUCAUACCAGUGUACGUUUUUUUUGAUAAACAACCUUUCAAAUAGGGGAUAGUGUUUGGUGUUGCCGUUUCUACAAUAAAACAUACAUUCGCUUCUCAUCGGGACUAUUCAUAGACUGCUCAGUCCUCGCUGUUGCGUGUUUGGCUCUGGAAAAUGGAGGCGCACUCUGAAGUCUGGGGACGAUGACGGCGUGGAAAAAAAAAAAAGCAGCUCUUAAUAUGGACCAAUUCUGAAGGGAGGGGAUUGUCUUAGUUUCACGAUGCUGCUGUAAAACGUGCAAAUUUGUCGUAUUGUUUAAUGUAUCAUGUUUCAAUAAAUGUCUUGCAGCCUUUUGGCACAAUUGGA